AUAGUGCAAAAUCCCAGCUCACCAUUGGCUAAUUAGUUAUCAGCUAUCUACGUGCUGUUUUGGUGCAACUUCUACUACUUUCCCAAGCUGUUUCGCUUUACCACCUGUUUUUGUGCAUUACUUCAUCCCGUGGGACAAGGACACACAGUUUAAUUGGAAUGGCAACUCCCCUCAUUCUAUAUCUCGGUCAAAUUAAUCUCACUGUGACCUUUAGCUCGGAGGCAGCUUGUUACAAAGCUCUCAACACCCUUCCUUCUUUUCCCUUUCACCAUUUCUCUUUCCACUUUCCCUCCUUUUCCCUUUUUCCCCUUUCCACUUUCCACUUUUCCUCCUUUUCCCCUUUUCUGUUUCCCUUUCUCCAUCUUUCUCCUUUCCCUUCCUUUUUCCCUUUUCCAUUUCCCCUUCCCCCUUCUUUCCCCUCCUUUCCCCUUCCCCACCCUGUGCACUCCACCAUUCCAGAACUGGACCGGACCUUUUCCAUUCCCAAACUCCCAAAUAAUUCCCAAGUAAUUCCCGUAUGCUUUCCGAAUUCCCAGCACCAAGCUGGAGGUGCUCCAGCAGAUGGAGGAGCAGCAGGAGCAGCGAGCGCUGAGGGCCAAGCAGAAAUUCCAGGAGGGCCAGAGGUUCGUGGAGCACCUGGAGCAGAUGAAGAGGGAGGAUCAGGAGGCCUGGCAGCAGCAGCAGCAUCGCAAGCGGCAGCUCGGCCAAGAUGAAGGCGGUGGACGCGGAGAACCAGCGGCUGCGACAGCGCGACAGGGAGCGCGACAGGCGAGCUGAGCUGUGGGCCCUGGAGGAGCAGCACUAGAAGGGGGAGCGGGAUGCGGCGCUGGAGGCGGAGCGGGCGCGGCUGCGGCAGGAGCGGCAGUGGGAGCUGGAGCAGCUCAAGGCCAUGCAGGAGCAUGACCGGGGCUGGCAGGAGGCGCAGGAGGCUCUGCGCUCCAAGCGCAGCCAGGAGGCGGAGGAGCGGGAGCGGCGCCCCGCGGAGCUGCUGCAGGAGCUGCAGCGGCGCCGCCGCGAGCAGGCGACAAAGCGGCGACAGCAGCUGGCACUGGCACUGCAGCAGGAGCGCCACGACUUCCUCACCCUGCUCAGUGCCCAGCAGGAGCAGCUGGCCCGGGAGCAGGACCAGCAGCUGGCACGGCAGCGGGCACAGAGCGCCCAGGUGGAGGCUCUGCAGGAGCAGAUCCGGGAGUCGCGACAGCAGCGACAGCGCGACAGAGCCACGGCCAUCGAGGAGGGACAGUGGGAGCUGUCACGGGCACGGGAGUGGACAGAGCACCUGGCACGAGUGGGAAAGCAGAAACUGCAGUGCCUCAGGUGCGGAGUGGCGAUGUCACCUCCUGUGUCACCUCCUAUGCCACCUCCUGGGACCUGUUCUGUCACCUGUGCCACCUCCUGGCACAUCCUGGUGCCUCCUGGCACCGUUGAUGUCCCCUCCUGUGUCACUGUGUCCCCCACAGGGACACUGGGGUGCCCGACAGGUACUGUGCCCUGUUGGAAAAGAAGGCCUGGGGCAUGGCCAGUGCUGCCACCUCCUGAUGCCACCCUACCACCACCCUGCCACCUUGUCACCUGCUGAUGCCACCUCCUGAUGCCAGCUGCCAUUCCCCAGGGAUAUGGGGACAUUUUCCCUUUUUUUCCAUGGUUUGAACCCAUUUUUUCUCCCUUUUCACCCAUUUUUAUGAUUUUAACUCAUUUUACCGCUAUUUCAACCAUUUUUAAUCUCUAUUUUUAACAAUUUUAAUCCCUAUUUUUAACCACUUUUCAUACAUUUUAACCCAUAUUUAUCCCUAUUUUUACUGUUUUUAAUUCCUAUUUUUACUCUUGUUAAUUCCUAUUUUUAACCAAUUUUAAUCCUUAUUUGUAUGCAUUUUUAAUCCCUAAUGUUACCAACUUUAUCCCUAUUUUAACCCAUUUUCAUCUAUUUUUAACCCAUUUUAACCUUUUUAACACUUAUUUGUAACCCUUUCAAACACAUUAUCCCAAUUUUUAUUUUCAUUUUAUUGUGUAGUUUUAACCCAUUUUAAAACCCAUUUUUAUCCCUAUUUUGCCCCAUCCUAUCCCUGUUUUUACCCCUUCUUAUCCUAUUUUUACCCAUAUUUUAUAUAUUUUGACCCAUUUUUGUCCUUAUUUUAAAUCCUUUUAAUCCCUAUUUUAUCUCCACAUUUCCCCCAUUUUAUUCUUACUUUAUAAUUUUUAUAAUCCCUACUUUAACCCAUUUUAAUCCCUAUUUUAACCCAUUAUAUCCUAAAUUUUGACCCCAAUUUUUAACCCUUUAAGCCCCAUUUAAUAUCCGUUUUUAAUCUUUUAAAUCUGUAUUUUAUACCUAUUUUAUCCCGAUUUUUACUCUUCCUCCACUUUUGGGACCAAACCACAGCUUUUGGGUUCAACUGGGAGCAUUGGUUUAAAUUGGUUUGAACUGGUUUA